AUGUGCACACCGCUUAUCAUUCCCAAGCCUCCACCACCGACAAAACUCAAUUCUCAGCCACCCGAGGUUGAAUCACAACAACCGCCACUUUCAACCGAGUUUCCAGCCUUCUCGGCCCUCAACAAACGUAGAAGAGUGACCUGCCGUCAAUGCAACACCCCGAUUGGCUACCUCAAGCUGGAUCUCUGUCACAUUGACACCUACAGAUCUGAGGCAGGUCGGGCAGCGCGUAAAACCAUGGAUGAUCGCCUGUUCGGUGCGAUUUACAUAACCGACCCAGUGAAUGUCCACGUGAGACGCAUCAAGGCCGCUGGCAAGAAAUUGAGCGGCCAACAGCUUCCCUUUGGCGCUGACGUACUGGAAAAUCUCCAGGGUCAGAACAGGGAGGCUGAACAGGCUGUCUGCGAUGAAUGCGACACCUGCAUCGGCGUACGAAUCACAGAGUUUGAGGCGGUCCCAUCGGCGCCCUCAGUCCUCACACCGGUUACCUGGGAGGGUGGUGAGGAGAUGGAGAGUGUCGCCGCCUGCAAGCCACCGGGACCGCGGCAGGAGUGUGAUCGCUACUUCGCCUUCUCCUACGACGCGGUGGAGGUGGAGCCCAUCUUCGGGCUGAUGGGAAUGCGUGAGCUCUCGGUACGGUAUCAUGGAGGAGAGAAGUACUGGACAGAGGUGCGCAGUAUUGAGGAGAGGGCGGAGACUUGCAAUGACUCCAGCACCUGGAAUCUGCCCAUGACGCGCAGACCGCAUCAGGUGGAGGUUACCAAGAAGACGGCGCAUAACACCUGGCCCUUUGUUCACAUGGACCUGGUGCGUGCAACUGAUCUGCCCGAGGGAAUUAUCGGUCAUCGGCCACUUUUGGACAUUGUGAAAGACACUACGGAGGCCUGUUACGCGAAGCAGAGACUACAGACCCAUCUGACCGAUGAGAUGUCUGAAGAGGAGCAGAAACAGGACCCAGACUGCAAGUGUCCAGAGAAGCCGAAAAAGUUGAUGAAUUGUUGCUGA